GAAACCUUGAGUUUGCCAGAUUAGGUGGUUACCUCAGUCCACUUUAGAAAUAGUGUCAGAAUGUAUAUUCUUUUUAUUUUGUUUUUUGUUAAGGUUUCAGGAAAUUGUUCAUCGAAAGGAGACUUUGUGUUUCUUUUAGACGAAUCAGGGUCUGUGAGUUUAUCACAUUUUAAUACUAUGAAGGCGUUUGUCCGCGACUUUACAGCGAAUUUUGCUAUCGGUCCUACUGCCAACCAGUUCAGUGUUGUUGUAUUUAAUAAUGUGGCAAGAGAAGUUUUUAGUCUUAAUAGACAUUCUUCUCUGAGCGACAUCCAGUCUGCUGUUAUGAAUAUCACCCAUUCUUCAGGAGGAACAUCUAUUGGAAAAGCGCUUGAAUAUGCUCGUAAUUUUUCGUUCACCUCAAGCCGAGGAGCACGUUCUGAUGCUGCCAAAAUAGUCAUCUUGAUAACUGAUGGACAAAGUUCUAUUUCUAACGAAGCUAAAUUACUGAAAGACCAAUACGUCACAAUCUUCUGUAUUGGUGUAACAACUGGAAUCAACGAACAGCUUCUGCGGAAUGUCUCCACUCACAAUGACUACACAUACAUCACUGAUACCUUUACAACCCUUUCAAGAAUACAGGCGCAUGUUGCAGAACAAUCAUGCGCAGAUCAAAUUGAUGACUGUUUAAGCCGACCUUGUCAAAACGGUGGAACAUGUGAAGAUCAGCUGGGAAAAUACGUUUGUCAUUGUGAUGUGGCGACGACAGACAAAGAUUGCUACAUCCCAGGACUUCCCACAGUCUCUACUGGAUUCGGAGGGACAACACUUCUUGGACAUUUUGCAAACAUCAGUUGCAAAGUAAUAGGAGCCUAUAGUAGAGUAUUCUGGGAGCACCAAUACAACGGUGUCACUUCCGUCGUUAAUAAUUCUGAUUCCUCUAAAUAUAGCGGAGGGACCAUUUUAACCCCAUCUUUAACAAUUUACAGCUUUGCUGUAAGUGACAUUGGUAGCUACAGAUGUUCUGCCCAGAACUCUGUUGGCACGGCCCACAGCCCAACCAUGGCGUUUAUGGACAUUCCUAAAUCUGGAUUCAAUAUUUCAACAGUCUCCCCUGUUACGGGUCAAAUUGGUCAUAAGGUUACAUUAAUAUGCAACGUCACGGCUACUUAUCCACCUGUUGCAUCCGUUACCUGGGAAUUCAAUGGCACCAGGAUUGAGACUCAAUCAAUGGAGAGAUUUUAUGGAGGAUCCGUCUCUUCGCCCUCGUUGCUCAUCACUAACCUCCAAAAUACAGACGAAGGCAACUAUACGUGUAUUGUCUCGAAUCUGUACAGUUCAGACAGUGUUGUCGUCUCUCUGGACAUAGUCAGUUUUGAUGUAGUUGCUGUGACAACUGUAUCGCCAGUGUUUGGGGAUUUAGGGGGAAAUGUCACUUUGAUUUGCAACGUCACUUCUUUAUACUCACCUGUCUCAUCUGUUACCUGGGAAAGGGAUGGCACUAGAAUUGACCCACAGUCGCAAGAUAGGUAUCGAGGGGGAUCUGUCACCACACCUUCGCUGUUCAUAAGUAACCUGAAGACUGCUGACCAAGGCAACUAUUCUUGUUCUGCAUCAAACAUGUUUGGUUCAGGACAAUCAUAUAUUUAUUUGAUGAUAACAAAGGACCCUUGUGAUUCAUGUGGAAUCUUUUACGAUUGUGUCUUAUCCUCAGAGUCUGAUGUUUGCUCAAUAAGUACAUGGAAAGUGGCACUGUUCUCAUUGUUGUUUGUGUGUCUUUUGCUGUUGGGUGCCAUGUUGCUUUGCAUGAUUCAAAAAUACAAAACCAAAAGAUCAUACGAAGUCAACGAAAAGGAUUCUAAUUAUUCCCAACAGUGGGAACUUGGAGUACAGAACAUGUCAUUCAAAAUGUAAACAACGUUGUGAUUUCUAUAACCAUAGAAUGAUUUACGAUACUCUUUAUUUCCCUUUUUCAAUUCAACAUAACUUUGUCCUUUGAUAAAAAAAAAACUUGUCAAAAUUAAAUUAUAGUUGUAUGAGUAAAUAUCAUGCUUGAAAAAUAAACAUAAUGAAGUUGGGUAUACAAUUUGCGAAAAAAAAACAAUUGAACCAAUAUUUACAUAUAUUAUACACGUGUUUCAUCUACAUGUAUAGAAUAGUUGCAUAUUACCUUAGAUAUUUCCAAAAAUAUGAAAUAUUUACAUACUUUUGAAGAAUAUAUCUUUACAACAUAUACAUUAUAAUACUGCAAUAAAAAGAAACCUGAAAUUCAACUAAUUUUUUAUGCUUCAUCAAAUGUAUUAAAUCAUGUUAAUUAUUUUUGUUACUUGUAUAUUGUACAUAUGAAGAAUCUAGAAAUCUAACCCUUUUAAUGUUUUACAACUCAAAUUUGAUCAUUGUUAUAGAGUUUGAUAGAUUAUUUAUAUCUGCAUAUUUUUUUAAAUUAAAGAAUUUUGACACUGUAUGUCAUAGAGAAAAUAAAAAAUGAAAUAAUUUUUUAUCUUUAAAACAAAAAUAUCAAUUUUCUACUUAAUCAAACCAUCAGUCUUUCUUGCAUAACAUAUUUGACUAAUAUUUCAUUUUCAAUAAUUGUUUAUAUAUCACAUACUCUAAAAAUCCUAUGAGCUUGAUAUCGUUUUUAAAAAUGCACAUAGCUUAAAACCCAGUAACCUAUAUAUACUAAGUGUUUACCAUUUUAGAUUUAAUAAAGAUAU